CGAUAUCGAUAAGGCGCACCGAACGAUAUAUCUGUUCAUUUGCACGUGUUGGCGUGUGUUGUGUUUAAAUUUGUAUUAAUUUUUAACAAGAAUUAAAAAUGGUGAAAGUACAGAAGCCACAGCCAAAGUCGUUAAGUAAAACCCAGAAAAUUGAGGGAGUUUCCAAGGAAAAGCUAAAGGCGAAGAAAGAGAAAAAACCAGCAAAAGCAUCUGCCGCUUUGACAGCAGCCUCGGCUGAUGUUUCUGAACUAAAGGUAAAGAGAGGUGCCAAGAAGGCAGACCUAAAGAAUGGUGUGGAGGAAAAGAAUGUGAAGGUAGCUACUAAAAGCAAACCAGAUGCAGUUAAGGAGAAGUCAAAACCGUCCAAAAAGGCAUUGGUUCUAGCACCUCCUCCAUCGCCGGCUGCAGCAGCACCAAAACCAAAAGGUGGCAAGAAGAAGUUGAUUUCAGCAGCUCCAGUAUCUCCAGUAGCAGCCGCACCAAAACCAAAAGGUGGCAAGAAAUUGGUAUUAGCUGCUCCAGUAUCGCCGGUUGCAGCAGCGUCAAAAACAAAAGGUGGCAAGAAGGUUGCCCCUGUGCCUGCACCUGCACCUGAGAAUGUGAAGACACAAAAAAAGACGCAAGCUGGCAGCAUAAAGAAAGGCAAGGAUGUAGGGAAACCAUCACCGCCCGUGAAAGCCGUCGCUGUGAAACCGGUCAAAAAGCAGGCAGCUGUACAAAAUAAAUCUGCAAAGAAAGAAGCAACUAAGCCUGCUCCCAAGGCGGCAAAGAAACCUACAAAGCCAGCUCAAACUAAGCAGUCGGAAUUGGUCAAGAAAGUGGAGAAGACAGCAAAGAAGUCAGAUGUCAAAAAAGUAAAACCUGUCACCAAGAAAGUGGCAAACAACAAAGGAAAGGCAAAGGGUGCCAAAAAACAAAAGGGAGUCCAAAAGAAGACCAAGAAAGUCAUUGAGCUGAACUAUGAGCUCAAGCCAUUCGAUGAGGAUAAAUUCUAUGAUAUUGUGAGCGAAUCCAGUGUGCUCAAAAUAUGCGAUGCACUCAAGGCUCAAGUGACUGAGGAGGUGAAGAAACAGAAGGCAACAUCGAUAUUCAGCGAUUAUCGUUAUAUUCUGCAAGUGUGCUGCUACAAGAUUCCCAGUUGCCCCAAGCGUGUUGUGAAGCUGAUGCUGAAUAACCCGCUGGUCGGUCCCAACGACGACGUUGCCAUCAUCGUGCCUGACUUGCAGCGUGGUGCUCGUUUCGACUAUGAACCCACCGUGCAACACUAUGAGGAUUUGUUCCGUGAGGCUGGAGUGGAGCAGAGGCUUUCGAUAGUGCCAUUUAAUCGGUUACGUAAUGAUAUGGGCACAUUUGAGGCCAAGCGCAAGUUCUUGAACAGCUACGAUUACUUCCUUUGCGAUGGUCGAAUCUCGGGUCAGGCCAGCGCUUUUCUCGGCCAGGCUACCCAGAAACCCCGCAAUGUUCUGCACGCAGUUCGCCUGAUAAAAGAAAACCAGUUGCCAAAAGAGAUUUCCCGUGCCCUCAGUCGAACAGCUUACAGGCAGCUGCGCAAGGGCGAUCUUACCGCCAUUCCAGUGGGCAAUCAUGAGCACAGUGGCCAACAGCUGGCGGAAAACAUUGUGACCGUCAUCAAGCAGCUGCAGCAACACUAUCCUGGGGGCUUAGCCAACAUCCGUUCAUUGUACUUGAAAAUCGACAUUGUUGGCACCUCCGCACUGCCUUUGUAUAUCAGCAUGUGCUCUCCACCCGCGGAUACGCCCUACGUAGUUGGUCCGCGUGAACAGCGCAUGCUUAAGUUGAAGAAACAGGCUAACGAAGUGCUGUCCAAGUUCGCGCUUACCAAGGAUGUUGACUUUAUUAAGUUAACUGGGGAUCAGGUGAAGUACAAGGCGGAAAUGCGUGAGAAGCGUCUUGCCCUUAAGGCUGCGGAGUCCAGCAAGGAUAACGAAGAUGAGGAAGCAGCUGUGCCAGCGAAGAAAGCACGCAAAGAACCAGUAAUUGAACCAGUCGAAGCUGAUGACGAUGAGGAUGAAGAGGAAGAUGAAGAAGAGGAUGAAGAUGAGCAGGAUGAUGAAGAAGAUGACGAGGAAGAUGAUGAUGAUGACGAAGAUGAAGAUGAGGAAGAGUAAAAUGGCGACUUUCAAAUGUUUUUGCAAUUCCUUAGACUUUAUUUUUUUAUAUGCAUAUUACAUUUUUUAUGUAAUGCUUAUGGAUUAUGAAACCCUCCUAGUUAUUAAAUAAAUGUUUUAUAUAUGAAAAAUAUAAACUUUGACAACUACUUAAUACAUAUAUCUUAGUUUCUGCAUAUGUAUAUUUAAAACUAAUCAUCUAUAAAGUCAAGUGGUCAUUGAGAAUCUUGUGAAAUAAAAAUUGAUUGUUUACGCAAUAAUAUUAAA